GGCUUAUAAACUUAAAAUAGUUGCUGAAGGAACUAUAUACCAUGGCGCUAGUAUUCUCUUCUUGUGGGCUUGGUGCUGUAAUGAACCUCGGUGCUUUGAAAACCUAUGUUAGCUACUCAGACAAGAAAUUUCUUGCUUGUAAAAAAAGCAAGAUAGUUGCAAGCAACCAAGGGACAAAGACGACCGCAAGCGACUCUGCUCUAGUCGCGACUGAGCCACUUACUAAAGAAGAUCUCAUUGCCUUUUUUUCUUCUGGAUGCAAACCAAAGGAAAUGUGGAGGAUCGGUACAGAACACGAGAAAAUCGGUUUUGAUGUCAAGACUUUGCGCCCUAUCACAUAUGAACAAAUAACUGCACUGCUUAAUGGUAUUUCUGAGAGAUUUGAUUGGGAUAAGGUGAUGGAGACUGGGACAAUCAUUGGUCUGAAACAGGGAAUGCAAAGCAUAUCAUUAGAACGAGGAGGCCAGCUAGAGCUAAGUGGAGCAGCUCUAGAGACUUUGCACCAAACUUAUGAUGAGCUCCAGUCACACCUUUACCAGGUGAAAACUAUUGGUGAGGAUUUGGGAAUUGGUUUCCUUGGAAUUGGUUAUGAACCGAAAUCUAGUCUUGAGGAUGCAACCAUUGUGCGCAAGACGAGGUAUGACAUUAUACAAGACUGUUUUGACAGAACUGGCUCAGGACCUGACAUGGGUCUCAAGACGUGUACUGUUCAGGUCAAUCUAGACUAUAGUUCAGAAACCGAUAUGAUCAGGAAAUUUCGCGCUAGUCUAGCUUUGCAACCUAUUGCAACAGCUCUAUUCGCAAACUCCCCUUUUAGUAAUGGAAAACCAAAUGGGUUUCUAAGUUUAAGAAGCCAUACAUGGAUAGAUAUCGAUAAGAGACGGACAGGAAUGAUACCUUUUGUGUUCAAUGACUCAUUCGGGUUUGAGCGGUAUGUCGAAUAUGCACUUGAUGUUCCAAUGUUCUUCUUACACAGAAACAAAAGCUAUCUCGAUUGUAGAGGAAUGACAUUUCGGGAUUUCAUGUCCAGGAAAAUUUCUCAUCUAUCUCAUGAACAGCCCACCAUUAACGACUGGGAAACCCAUAUAGGAACAAUAUGGCCAGAGGUUCGGUUAAAGAGAUACUUGGAGAUGAGAGGAGCUGAUGGAGGUUCCAGGGAGAUGUUGUGUGCCCUACCAGCUUUUUGGGUGGGUUUGCUAUACGAUGAGGAGUCUCUCCAAACUGUUCUUGAUAUGAUAGCUGAUUGGACUACUGAAGAAAGAGAGAUGCUUAGGACACAAGUCCCAGUCUCUGGCCUUAAGACAAUGUUUAGAGAUGGUCCCUUAAAACAUGUCGCAGAAGAUGUCUUAAAGCUAGCAAAGGAUGGUUUGGAGCGUAGAAACUACAAAGAAACUGGUUUCUUGGAUGCUGUCGCCGAGGUAGCUAUAACAGGUAAUGAUUUAUUUUUGUUAUCAGCGGAAAGUAUUGGUAGGAUCAGUGUAUAUGAAUGUCCUAUUUUUUUUUGGCAAAACCAGGUGUUACGCCUGCAGAGAAGCUCUUGAAUUUGUAUAGUGGAUAUUGGGGACAAAGCGUAGAUCCUCUGUUUCAUGAAAUGCAAUACUAAGAAGACAAAAUCUUCUUGGACAUGAGAUAUAGAGAUAAAACUGUCCUCUUGUUUGUAGGAUAGCUGUCGUUGGUGUGCGGAGAAAAUGGUCACUUUCGGAAUAAGAAUGUUGUAGGUAACCUGUAGAAGGGUUUGAGUAAGUAGCACAGUUCAUGUGUGUUUGAAUCAUUCUUGA